GUACUCUUUUUUGAAAUUUUUAUUGGCAAAAUCAUCAUCCAAACGCAGAUGAUGUGGGCAGCUGACUUUGAUGAAUCCUUGGCUUACAAUUUAGGGGAGAACUGUCUGGAAGCAUUGAUCAUAGAGCUUCCAUGGGGCUCUGGAUCAGAAAUGAAAGAGGAAGGUGCAGAAAAUGGACAUGGUAGUUUAAAGGGUAACUUACAGUCAAACCAUGGAAUUGAGGAGCACUCAAUGCCUGACAAGGAUGGGAUAAAAUCAGCAUCAACUCAUCACUUUUGUGGGUUGACACGGAAUUUUUGGUCAAGAAAUGAACGCCUACAAAUUUGCAGUAUUGUCUCAUCAACUGGGAAGGGAGAUGAUGAGUUAUCUGUCUUUUGUGUGGCAGCUAUUCUUAUCAUGAACAGCCAUAAGAUUAUUAGGGAAACCCAUUCAAUUGAUGACAUGAUAAAGAUUUUCAAUGAUAAGUCACUUAAGAUUCAUGUCAAGAGAUGCAUACGGACAGCAAUCAAAAUCCGGAAAAAAUAUUUUUACAAGCUAAUCAAGAGGCAGAGCUCUGUAGUUCGUAGUUCUGAGUAGAUCCGCACCAUUUCCUGCCUAUUUAUAUGGCAAUAACAGAGUGUGGCAGUUUGAGCUGGUAUUUGGAGCCUAUAAUUCCUAGUGUGAACAUGGCAUGAGAAAACUUGGCUAUACUCAGAUGUGCUUUUGCUGUUGAAAGAUUCGUCCUGAUAUUUGCACCUAUAUUAUCUAUUCAAAUCUAUUAUGAGUCACCGGAAAGAUCAGUGAUGAGAAGAACCAAAGAAGAUAAAUCUUUAUUCUGGUGCAGCCAGGACUGAGCAUUGACCUAUUGUGGACGUCUCUUGCAGUUCAGGCGAGCAUAAUCUGCCUCCUCUUUUCCUUAAUUAUAAGUUGCGAUCUAGAUAACAAACAGCAAAAUUCUUUGUUUCUUAUCUUGUGUAUUGAAAUUCCACAGAAAGGGAAAUCGAAAUUCAUAGUUUGCUAGGUAUGUAGGUGUAGAGAUUCUAGAGGCAGUGUAGGAAAAUUUAGGUUAUUAUUAAUGAAGAACCUGUUACAUAUAUAAUUUUAUUUGUAAACAGAAAACAGUUUUUCCAUUGUCCUUGUUCAUGCAUAUUUCUAUACAUAAUCAAAGACAAGGUCAUAU